UUAGAGUAGAAAUGGAUAUUUUUCCAAAAUUUUAAAAGAAUAACCAGAAGGGUUCCAUAAGAAUAGAAUAUCCCAAUCCCCAAGAGCAGCAAGUUGGCAAUGGCAACGAUACGAAGAUGGCAACAUUCUAGAUAAAACUGCGUCCACUCGAACACAACGUCCUUCUCUAAAUUUAGUAGUCACUUCCGUUUCCAUUUUCCUCUCCAUAUUUGAUCUUCUUCAAACCUCCGCCCAUUCCUAAAUAGGCAACCAGCUUCCUGUAUAAGUAUCCCGUUCUUUCUCCUCCUUAAUCCACAACCAAUUUGAUCGUUAGCAGCCCCCAGGAGAGGCAGAAUCCGCCGGAAGCAUCUUCUGGGAGCCAGGGCCACCGGCAAGCAAUCACAAUGCAAGGAGGUGAAGAGAGAGAUGAGGGUGUAAUGGCCACUGACUUCUUUUGGUCAUACACCGAUGAACCUCACGCUUCCAGGAGACGCCAGAUUCUCUCUCAGUACCCUCAGAUCCGGGAGCUCUUUGGUCCUGACCCUUGGGCUUUCUUCAAGAUUUCUGUGGUUGUUCUGCUUCAGUUAUGGACUGCUACGACCCUUCACAGUGCAGACUGGUUAAAGAUAUUGGCAAUAGCCUACUUCUUUGGCUCCUUUCUCAACCAUAACCUGUUUUUAGCCAUUCACGAGCUCAGUCACAACCUUGCCUUCUCAACACCUGAUUACAACAGGUGGCUCGGGAUUUUCGCUAAUCUCCCCAUUGGAGUCCCCAUGUCCAUCACAUUUCAAAAGUAUCACCUUGAGCACCAUCGCUUCCAAGGAGUGGAUGGCAUGGAUAUGGACGUUCCAAGCCUGACUGAAGCUCAUCUGGUGACUAACGUUGUCUCAAAAGCUAUAUGGGUUGUCUUCCAACUCUUCUUCUAUGCCCUCCGGCCAUUAUUUCUCAAACCAAAGCCCCCAGGCCAAUGGGAGUUCAUCAACUUCAUUAUUCAGAUAGCUCUUGAUGUUGCCAUGGUUUACUUAUGGAGUUGGAAGUCUUUUGCUUACCUGAUCCUCUCCACGUUCGUCGGUGGUGGGAUGCAUCCAAUGGCUGGUCACUUCAUUUCUGAACAUUAUGUCUUCAAUCCCAAACAAGAGACCUACUCUUACUACGGUCCACUUAAUCUUCUUACAUGGAGUGUAGGUUAUCAUAAUGAACACCAUGACUUCCCCAGAAUUCCAGGAAGCAAGCUUUACAAAGUGAAGGAGAUUGCACCAGAAUACUACAAUGAAUUAGAUUCAUACAAAUCAUGGAGCCAGGUGAUAUACAUGUACAUUAUGGACAGAACAGUGGGGCCAUUCAGUAGGAUGAAGAGAAUGCCAAGGAAAUCUGAGUAGUUGAUCCUUCUCUCAUCCCUUCAGAUUUUUUUGUUCGAUUCUUUCACCAUCUUUUCUGAUGGAUCAUUCUCUUUGAGCUGGUUGUGCCAUUGUUUUGUUUACAUUUGUUGAGAGUUUAUUGUUCUAUUUAGAUUGUAUAGUAGCCAGGCAUGUUCACUGUACUGUAAUCGAUUUUCAGGGCUUUUCGAGGGAUUGUUUGUAGAAGGAGCUGAGAAGUAGCGGACCUAGAUUCCCAUAGGUUUGAUAUUUUGGUUAACUUAUAAUUCUAGUACUACAUAUUUUCAUCUUAUGUGUCUUGUAUGUUUAUCUCUAGUUCAUUUCUUUAAUAGAUGAAACGCGAUAAAGUUUGAGCUAAAGUUUGAAAUUUUGAAUUAAGACC